GAUGGUAUGGCUUUCAUUUUUGCACAAGAUAGCAGAAGUUCACCACCUUCUAGCAUGGGAUCAUAUCUUGGUAUCAUGGAUCCAUCAACUCAAGGUAGGCAAAAAUCUCCUUUAAAAAGUUUUAUUUAAUUCCUUUGUAUGUUUUGCUGUACAAUAAAAACAUCUCUCUUCCUUUCCAUUAAAAAAAAUCUUAUACUUAAUGAAUAUUUAUUUCUACGGUACCAAAAUUCAGAUGGCGUAGUUCAUCAGUUAGCUGUGGAGUUGGAUACUUACAAGAACGAAUGGGAUCCAGAUGGAAACCAUGUUGGUAUUGAUACAAUAAGUAUAAUUAAUCCAGUGGCAGCUAAAAGUCUUAACAGUACUGGUAUUGACCUGAAAAGUGGAAGAAAAAUUAAGGUCAAAAUCGAUUACCUUGGUUGGAAAAAGAAGCUUGAAAUAUCUAUGGCAUACUCCGGGGAAAAACUAGUUAGCGUACUCAACCAAUCUAUUGAGAUGGCAGACACGGUUCCAAGCUCUGUUUUUAUCGGUUUCACAGCUGCAACUGGCAAAGUACCAGAGAGCCAUCAGGUCCAUGACUGGACUUUCACAACAAUUCCAUUGCCAUAUCUUAACAGCCCUGUCUCCAAACAUGAUAAGAUUAAAACUAUUUUGUUGAUUGUCAUUCCUAUCAUCAUGGGAUUAUUGAUUGUGGUAAUAUGCUUUCUUCCAUCAUUUCAAAAAGUUCUAAGAAAGAGAAAAGACACGGUUAAGCAGAAGGUUGAUAUAGAAAUUCGAUCGAGGACUGCAGCAAACGUACCGAAAAUGUUUACCCACAAGCUACUUGCGAAGGCUACUCAUAACUUCAGUAAGGAAAAUCUGUUGGGUACUGGUGGGUUUGGAAUUGUUUACAAAGGCACCUUACAGGAUCCUCCUACAACUGUAGCUGUCAAAAAAAUUUCAGCAACCUCGAAAGAAGGUGAAAAAGAGUACUUCGCUGAAAUAUGUACCAUAGGGCGCCUAAGGCACAAAAACAUAGUGCAACUUCAAGGGUGGUGCCACGAGGGUGAACAUCUCCUCUUAGUCUACGAAUAUAUGCCCAACGGUAGCCUCGAUCGUUACAUUGGCAAGUGUUCUCUUGACUGGGAGACUAGAUUCAAGAUAUUAACAGGGUUGGCAUCAGCAUUACUUUAUCUCCAUGAAGACAGUGGUAACCCUGUUGUUCACCGAGACGUUAAGCCCAACAAUAUUAUGUUGGACGAGGAUUUCAAUGCUCAUCUAGGUGAUUUCGGGCUAGCAAGAUUGCUCCAGAACGAUGCCUCAGUGACAACCAUGUUAGCAGGAACUCCAGGAUAUUUGGCCCCAGAAGUAGGCUUCACAGGAAAGUCAACACCUGAAUCUGAUGUUUACAGCUUCGGUAUGGUAGUAAUUGAAGUCGUUUGUGGGAGAAGAUCGAAGGGUAUUAUGGACGAAAAUAGCUUAGUGGAUUGUGUAUGGAACUCAUACGGACAAAAUGAACUGCUAGAAUGUGUGGACCGAAAGCUAGAAGGCAAAUUUGGCGAAGAACAAGUGAAAAGAACGUUAAUAGUUGGUCUUGCUUGCCUGCAUCCUGAUUCUACACAACGCCCUAAGAUAAGAAAAGUUGUCCAAAUUCUCUUGAACUCUGAUGAGCCAUUAAUGGACUUGCCAGAAUCACGCCCCAGUGCAGUUUAUGUGUCAGUUUCUUCCACUGCUUCCACCACAACCACUUUUGGGUCCAAGAGUGCCCCGGAGUUGCUUCCAACCGAGUCAUCACCAGAAUCUCAUCAGCCAGAUGAGAUAGUUAUUCAAUGUGACCACUGACAGCAGCACAAGUUUCCUUGAUU